AUGCCAAUCGGCAUACAGCGUCUCAACGCGAAAACAUCGCAGCCAAAUCCUCACAUCGUCUUCAUCAAACCACUCAAGGGGAGAGAUGAGAGAAUUGCGCAGGACUUCUUGGAGAGGAUCGCAGCGCAAUGCCUUCCCGUGAUGCGCAAGCACCAUAUCCACGUCAUGUCGCUAGAGGAGUUCCCCCCUAACAGAGAGUUUGUGGGCCGCAACUUCAACGCCGGGGAGGUGAUUCAGCUGGUCCUCAAGGCGCCUGGCAGCGGCCGGUGGCUUCCCUUCAACUACGUCCAGAUGGUCAUGAUGCAUGAGCUGGCGCACUGCGCGCAGAUGAAUCACUCGAGGGCCUUUUGGGCAGUGCGAAACCAGUAUGCCGAACAGAUGCAAGCCCUGUGGGCAGAAGGCUACAAAGGCGAUGGGUUAUGGGGGAGGGGAGCAACGCUGGGGACCGGAGAGUGGGAAAAGAACAGCGUCCUGGCUGAUGAGGUGCUCCCCGAGCAUCUUUGUGGCGGGACGUAUCGGUCACGGGGGAGGAAAAGAAAGGCCAAGCCUGUCUUGACGUACCAGGAGCGAAAGGAGAGGAGAAUUCUCAAGAAAUUCGGCAAAAACGGCGUCGUACUGGGCGCAGAUGAGGAGGAAAAGGUGAAGCUGGAAAAGGGCAAGCGAGUGCAGGCGAAGCCCAGGGUGGCAGGCAGCUUGCGAGGCCGCGAACUCCGUGCAGCCGCCGCCCUGGCCCGGUUUGAGCAGAACAAAGACGACGGCAAGAAGAAGGAGGAAGAGGAGGAAGAUAUCAGGAACUGGGACGAAGACUCCAGCGACUACGAAGAUGCAAGUGUGGAUUCUAAGCCCGCUGUUGAUGUGGAUGGCACUCGGAUGGUGGACAAGAAUGGCGAUGGCAUGGUCAAGGUGUGCGAAGACGAAGACGCAGAUGAUGCCGACGCGAGGAACGAACUGAACCAGCUUCACGGUCUCUUCAAGAGGCGAGAGAUCAAGCGAGAACCAGGUGGCGGAAAUGCCAACCUACGCUCGUCCGAGAGGAGUCCCACCAGUCGGGAACAGGCACUCGAAAAUGGCACGCCCAUCAAUCCGGCAGCAUCCAAAAACGGAAGCAGUGACCAUCCGUACCGCGAGACGAUCUCGACGACCUCGACAUCCUCGACAGCUCAACCGACUACCACGACUGUCACGGCAGCAGCAAAAACAACCUCCUCGUCAUCCUGCUCAGUGUGCUCCUAUGAAAAUCCCAAAGCCGCCGUGACAUGUGGUGCAUGCGCCAAUGUCCUCCAUCCUGCUACGCCAGGCUGGCGUUGCGACAGCGCAUCCUGCAGAGACACGGCGUAUGUGAAUUCCCAGGACUGCGGAGUCUGUGGUUUGUGUGGGCAGAGGCGCGGCUGA